AUGGAGACAUUUGAUAGUGGUACUGUAGUGAUUACUGUGAGUGAAGUUAGGAAUCUGACUGUUCAGUGCCUGGAAAAUGUCACCAAGUUGAAACGAGUAAUUGAUGAAGCGUGGAAUAAUGAAGGUCUUCAUGAAGGUCGCACGCUGCCAGUGCCGGUGCCGUGCAGGGUGUGCGGCGACAAGAGCUACGGCAAGCACUACGGCGUCUACUGCUGCGACGGCUGCUCCUGCUUCUUCAAGCGCUCCAUCCGCCGCAGGAUGCUCUACUCCUGCAUCGCGGGCCGCGGCGGCUGCGUGGUGGACAAAGCACGCCGCAACUGGUGCCCACACUGCCGUCUGCAGAAGUGCUUCGCCGUCCGCAUGAACACCUCAGCCGUGCAGGAGGAACGGGGACCCCGCAAGGGACGCAAACGGCAGCUGUCGCACGCGCAUGCGCAGAAGGCUGGGAGUGGCGCGGAGGCGGCGCACGAGUUGCCGCGCGCGACUCCUGCCGCCGCUGCAGCCGCUGCCCCUGCGAUUUCCGCUGCUCACUGCUUCCCCCCAUCUGCCAACCAGUUGCAGGUGCCGCCGCCAGAGGCGCUGGAGCGCUCUCCGCUGCAUCCUCUGGGACAGUGCGGGUGCGAGGCGGUGCACGAGACGUGGUCGCAGUUGCUGCUGGGCAGCGUGCGGCAGGCGCGGCGCCACCCGUGCCUGGGUUGCGGGCUGUCGCGCGGCCAGCAGGACCGGCUGGUGCGCGCCGCGUGGCCGCGCCUGCUGCUGCUGCGCGCCGCCUGCUGGCCCGGCGCCGACGUGGCCGCGCAGCUGGAGGGCGCCGCCGCGUCGCCAGCAGCGUCGCCAGCAGCAGUAGCGCCAGCGGCAGCUGGCGACUGGCGCGCCGUAGCCGCCGCCGUCCGCGUGCUGCAGGACGCCAGGCUGUCUCCGCUGGAGGUCGCGCUGCUCGAGACCGUGCUCCUAUGUCGCCCAGAGGCUGCGGGUAGUGCAGAGGCAGAGUGCCGUGUUCGGGCAGCCCUGGAGGCAGCUCUUGGUGCACUGCUGCUGUUACCCCCUGCUCGUGUGGCGCGACUGCUGAUCACGCUGCCAGCUCUUGCAGCACCACCUCCAGACUUGCUACAACGUGCACUCUUCCGACCUGUCAUUGGAGAUGUACCAGUUGACCAUCUUGUUGCCUCCAUCUAA